AUGUCAGCAGACUACAUUCAGCUUGUCGGUACAGAUGUGCCCGGCAGUUAUGGCAGCUGCUGCUUCAGUGGUCAGGUGCAGCACGAGGCACUGCGGUGCCCAACGCAGCUGCUGACCCUGUCCGAGACACCGCCGCAAUCAUCGGAAGCAGCACCGGCAAUGAACGGUGAUGGCCAGCUGUUAUUCUUCAACUGCCCGGAGGGUGUGCAGCGCUUUAGCUCCGAGGCGAAUGUACGGCUGGUGCGCACCCGUGGCUUCUUUUUUACUCGCUGGGCCGCGUCAGCAGUGAUGGGCAUGCCUGGGCUGCUCUUCACGAUCAACGACGCCGGUGUUCGGCAUGCCAACUUCUUCGGCCCAAGCAGUCAUUCCCUUAGCGUGGAGAGCGGUGCUGAGGCCUACACGCAGCGAUUACCGUUGCAUGCCGAGCGCGCGGAUGUUGCGGGAGUGGAAAGCAUGUUAGAAGCAUUGCGACGGCAUUACUUUUGGUACAGGGCGAUUAGUUUUCAGCAGAUUCGUGCGGGCGCGGUGCACCGCCAGUUGCCAACCACGUUGCCAUGGAACUACGUGUGUGAGGUGCCACUGCGGUCCCUUGAAGAAGCGGAGGGAGGAAAGGUCUGUGAGCCUCCAUGUGACGCGUCAGCAACCGCGUCCCCGGCAUCCUUCUUUGUCUUGGCGCUACGGCUGAGCCCCACAAGCGCCCUACUAGGCUUCCGUGUCUCACGCAGGGCCGCAACGUCCUCGGAGGAGACGUACAGCUACGCCAUUGUGCACGCACCCACGGCGUGUUUUGACCCUCAACGUGCGAAGGCGCUUGGUGUACCGGCAGGGCCAAUGUACGGCCAACUGAAGCAGGGCAUCGGCGUGUGGGUCGACGAUGAGCAGACUCCUCCGCAUGGGACGCAUGCCGUGGAGAAGCCGCGCCGUUUCAUUUCUCCCCACAGCGUGAAACAGGCCACGGUGGGCAGUCGAUGCAUGUACGUGUCACUUGUACUCGACGGCGAUGACUGUGCGGAGGUUGCGGCAGCGUUGGAGUCGCUUUUUGGCCGCGAUGAAACAACCUGCGAGGGCCAAUGCGAAGAGGAGACGACACUUGAUACGGAAGGCAAGAAGUUGCGAGGUAGUGAGCUUUGCCGUUUUCUUGCACAAUGGCAGCCCUCUUUUUUGUUCUGCGACGACCACCACGCCGCCUCCGAGGCGGCCCCGGCCACGGCGCCACAAGCGACGGAGCGCACGGUUGUUCUCACGCAUGUUGUGCACGUGCAGCAGUUUGAUUUUUUUGCGCCGUUCAAGACGGGCACCGCUGGGGCCGCGGAGGCACAUUAUAUCACGUCUAUUUUUGCGGAUGUGCAACGUGGGGUUCGGGAGCAGGCUAUCCAGUGCUUCCGCAAUGACGCGAGUGCCGGCGACGCCACUACCGCUGCGCUUAUCGCGACGGGAACAACGCACCAUUUUUGCGCCGCCGUGCAGCAGAAGUUUUCUGCCUUUCCUACUGCUCUUGCACAUCGGUAUCACCUUAACUGCAUCGCAGAGGCGCAGUUUCCCAUAGCACGCUCAUCCGCAGCGGAAAAAGAGCUUGCCACCAUGAAACAGGGCCCUGACCCAAUUUGGCCAUACAGCGUGAAGCACCAGUUAAUUCCCGCAGAGGCUGCCGACCGCAUCACAGAUCACACAAACAGUUCGGCUUCUGGUCCUGCCACCACUGUUGCGUCGCCGUCUUUGUUAUGUCCCAGCACCAAGCAGGUGAAGAAGGGUGGUAAUUUGAGGAAAGGGGAUGUGACAGGCCUGCUGCGGUACCCGACGGCACGCUCAGCUGUUGAUAUGCUCUCAGCACAAUUCCGCUGUGCCGUGAGUAGGGCACGUGAGCAGAUGUCAGGUGUGUUUACACCUUCGUCUUCCUCUUUGACUCGGCCUCAGGGAGAUCACCACGAUUGUCUUCAUGGUACUUGUGGUCAGGACGAUGACAGCAACACAUGGCACCUUGAUGGCGGAGGGGCCCUGACGUUUUUGGGUACCGGCUCUGCCGUCCCAAGCAAGUACCGCAACGUGAGUGGGACGUACCUUGAGGUGAUGUAUCAUGCUCGUCGCAGCACAACCCUUUGCAGGGCUGUUGUGGUGUUAGACUUCGGUGAAGGGAAUACUGGGCAGCUAGCGAUGCUUUGGGGCAAUGGCUCUGGUAAGGUUGUGCUGCGGUUUUUCAAUGAUUUGGCCUUUGUCUUCAUCUCCCACGCACACGCCGACCAUCAUCUUGGACUGAUGUCUCUUCUUGAAUUGCGGCAUCGGCUGCGUGUGCAGAUGGCGAAGGAGGAGCCAAGUUGCAGCGGCGCUCUGAAGGAACCCGUUCUCGUUGUAUGCCCGCAGGAGGUGCACGAGUUCAUGCAGGAUACGUGGGGACGCUGUGCGGCGUACCGGCAGUGGUUACAAGAAGAAGUCACGUAUGACAUAAUUCCUGCAGAACGGUGCCGGGCCGAUGGGGCUUCCGCCGCCAGCUCAGUGUUUCUGCCGCGUCUUAACGCGGUGUGUGCGCGUCUUAGCGAGAAUACGGUGAUGACAUCUUCUUUAGGAGGGUCUCGAACGCCACCACCAGUGUGGGGUGCUGAAGUUUUCCCGGUACAUCACCCUGCCAAUGCACACGCGCUGCUUCUGCGCUUCCCCGCCCCGGUGGGCGCUGCCGCCGAGUCCCGCGUCUUCCUCUUCUCUGGUGACACAAGACCGUCACCGCUUCUUAUUGAGCGUUGCCACCAGUUUACCAGAUGCAUCCAUCAUGGCAGUGAACAGGAGAAGGGUGGAGAUAGUGAUGGUGGUGCCCACACCGAAGGUGUGUUCCUCUGUCUACACGAAGCCACGUUUGGCGAGGGCUGCGAGGAGGAGGCGGUGCUGAAGUGUCACUCCACACUACCAGAGGCGCUGCAGGUGGCGGCGGCCAUCCGUGCGAAGCACAUUGUGCUUAACCACUUCUCGCAGCGGUACCCGAAGUUGCCGGGGCUCAUGAAGUCACAGCUGGAUGGAAGGGACGUCGAUGUAUGCUGCAGGCGGCGGAAAUUGCGGAUGGCAGAACCAGCGACAACCCUCAUUGAGCAGAGCCAUUCUGAGGAUGCUGUGAACUUGUCUGAGGAGGUCAAGCAGAGAGACAUCCCAAGGCUACCGCCGCGCGACGCGUUGAGCCCCGAUGCCAGGUCGGGUUCAGGGGCAGCUAGAAUGUGUUUUGGUUUCGACUUCAUGCGGCUCUCCUUCGCGUCGCUGGAGAGCCAACAGACGGCGCAGCUGACGCCGCUUUUCGUGCAGCUUCUGGAGGAGUACGAGUCGUGGGGCGUCGGCACGACGAAGCGGCUACGCAAUUAA